AUGGCUACGGACCGAUAUGAAGACGAUGUGUUCGGUCUGGACGAUAAUCCUGAAGAGGAAGCACCAGAACCCAAGCACGAGGAUUCCCUUCUAAAACCUGCUCCGGCGAACAGUACUUUAGUGGAACAGAUAGAGAAAACAUCAAGUGAAAAUGAGGACAUCCUUCGAAUCCUCGUAGCAAGCGAUAUUCAUGUGGGUUAUGGAGAGAACAAACCGAAUUUAUAUCUGGAUUCUGUUAAUACAUUCGAAGAGGUACUGAAGAUUGCAAUGGAGAAGAAAGUUGAUAUGGUGCUUCUAGGUGGCGACUUAUUCCACGAAAAUAAUCCUUCUCGAGAUAUGCAGCACCGUGUUAUACAACUUCUGCGACAAUAUUGCCUCAAUAAUAGAGAGGUGGGGUUAGAAUUCUUAUCGGAUGCUUCGGUGAACUUUCAGCAUAGCCGUUUUGAUAGAGUUAACUACGAGGAUGCCAACAUCAACGUGGGCUUGCCAGUCUUUUCCAUACACGGGAACCAUGAUGACACUGCUGGAAAGGGACUAACCAUUCUCGAUGUGUUGCAUGAAGCUGGAUUGAUCAACUUGUUUGGAAAGUUCUCAGACAUCGACCAAUUUGAUGUCAGUCCAAUCCUUCUUCGAAAGGGGACUACUCGCAUAGCUCUUUUUGGCAUUGGUAGUCAGAGAGAUGACCGACUUUGUAGAGCAUUUGCAGGGCAAACAAUAAGGUUUCUUCGACCACGUGCUGGCUAUGACGAUUGGUUUAAUAUCCUCGUGCUGCAUCAGAACCGCCCGCGAAGAUCUACUCAUCGAUCAACUGGGGCUUAUCUUCCUGAACAAUAUAUACCUACGUUUUUCGAUCUUGUCCUUUGGGGACACGAGCACGAAAGCAAACCCCAUUGUCAGUAUAUAGCGUCCUCGGAUGCUAUGGGUGAUGGUUUCUAUAUUCUUCAGCCGGGUUCCACUGUAGCGACAUCGUUGACGAAGGAAGAAGCACUUCAGAAGCACGUAUUUUUGGUCAAGGUCAAGGGACGAAAAUUCCAGUGUAAACCAAUACCUCUGCAGACCACGCGUCCUAUAGUCGUCGAUGAGAUUAUUCUUGACAGUCUUCCAGAAGGCGUUAGACUUCCAUUGAACGGCAUAAGACCUCGUGGUGGUUUCGUAUUGGAUGAAAUGAUAGUAAACGAAAAGAUAGAUGAAAUGAUUCAUAGAGCAGAGAGCUGUCGUGGGCCUCAGCAACCAAAGCUUCCUCUAUUGCGUCUGAAAGUAACCUAUGCUGGGCCGUGGGCAUCAAUGGAACCGGUUCACGGUCGCAAAUUGGGCGCAAAAUUUGAAGAUCGUGUAGCGAACGCCGCUGAAAUUAUUGUAACGCGCAGAGUGACAGACAGGAAAAAAGGAAAAGAAGGACCGAAUUUGGAGGAGGAUGCAUUAAGUACUGUGGAUGCUGCUUGUCUAGACCAAGUGAUCUCGGAGUACUUCGAAAAAGAACCGUGGGAAGAACGCCUGACAGUGUUUACCCAUCCGAUCAUUGGAAAAGCAUUGACAGCUUUUGAUGAGGAUGGCAACGUUACUGCAGCGAAAGCUAACCUAGAUUUUAGAUCUGCGCUUGAGACUGCACGAGAUUCAAUGAAAUCGAAACUAAAGCAGAUGCCUGCUCCGGAGAUGGAAUUUGACAAGUACGGCAACAUAAAAUCCGAUUGCUUUGAAAUGAUGAUAAGGGGGGAUUUAAAUAUGUUGAAGCGACAAGCAUAUGGAGUUGAAGAACAGUCUAGGCCAAGCGACGACGAAAUUGAGAAUGGUAUUUGCGCUGGAAUAUGGUGA